AUGUCGGCAAAUUAAACUUAUUACAAUUAAUAAUGCAGUUUUGGAGAACAUAGAGCAUAAAUAAUUAAUUACUGUGCAUGUAUUGACUGUUUAAGACCUUUGUGUCCAGAAUGCAUCUAUGAUCAUUACUCAUAUCAUUAGUAGAUCAAAACACCAGCUGCCAUUUAAAGUAUUCUUAAUACAAGAACUAAUUGUGAAAGAAAAAUUGCAAAAGCAAUUGAAUCAUUAUAAAAAGUAAAACUUAUUGUUGAUAAGUUAGGAAUAUGAAUAAUAUGAUAUUCAAUAUAUUUUCAAUUCAGAUGAAAUACUUAACUAAGAAAUCUCUAGAAUGAAAGAUGCAAAAGAAUAGAUGUUCGAAAUCAUAAAUAUAUUUUUUUAGCAAUAAGAAUACCUUCUCUAAACUAAAGUUAAGGAAAAUUAAUUAAAAGUAUAUUUAUAAUCAAAGUUUAAGGUUAAGAAUAUUGGAGGAAUAUUUCAAAAAAUAUAGGCAGUCAUUGAAUAAUUGGAAUUCUUAAGAGAUAGUCUUUUAAACAGUCCGGAUCCUUUGUCAUAUUUUCAUAAAGCAUGUAGAUUAGAUGUUAAAUCAUUACUUGAUCGUUAUAAAUCUGAUUUAAAGAAAUCGAUUAAAUCUAAAGAACUAGGUAAAAGUGUUAUUUGGAUUUUUAGAUCCAAUAAAUAUUUAUAUUGAUGAACAUAAACUAUUUAAUCUCAAAAAUGAAUUAAGUAAAAUUGUUAAAAUUCAAUCAAAUGAUUAUGAAGAUGCAGGUGACAAUAAUUCUAUAGUUUCUAAAAAUAAGGACUAAAGCAUUAAUUAGAGUUUACAAACUCCAUAUAACCAGUAAAUGGCAAAUACAUAAAAUGAAGCUAUUCACUUUUAGUAGAAAUAGAGUAAAUAGUAAUUAAGCAAUGCUGGGGAUAUGGAUGAUCCUCUUUAUGGAACAAUGACAAAUAAUGACUUUUCCAUUACUAUUCCUAAUUAUUUUGAGGGUCAUCAGAAAUUCUUGCAUUUUAUAGUAAAUAGAACUAACAGACUUAAUGUCUUUAAUUUAGAAACUUAGUAAUGGUUGACAUAUUAAUUUGAAUAUGAAGCUCCAGAGUUUCAUAAAUCUAUCGUUACUCCAAAUGGUGAUAUUUACAUUUCUGGGGGACUGAUUGGUUAGAAGGAAAACACAAAAGAAUCAAUCAUCAGAAGAUAUACUUUAGGUGGUAAAGUACAACAGAUAGGAAAAUUAACUUAUCCAAGAUCUUCUCAUUCCAUGGUAUAUUGCAACUAAUCAAUUUACAUUUUAUGUGGCUAUCAAGAAUUUAAAAAAAUGACUUUGAGUUUAGAGAGAUACAACAUUAAGACAUAAAAGAUGGAACUUUGUUCUCCUUGCAAUAAACCAGCCAAUUCCCCUGCUUGUUGUUCUUUUAAUAACAGAUAUAUAUAUAAGUUUGGUGGAAAUGAUGAAAAUGGCUAGAUUCUAUUCAUUAUUGAAAGAUAUGAUACAUAGACAGACAAAUGGGAUACUAUCAUGCUAAAAAAUAAUCCAUUAGAAUCCUCUAAAUUUCAUAAUAUCUACUAAUGCUCUGCUUGUGUUUAAAUUAAUAAAACUAACAUAUUUGUCUUUGGUGGUUAUGAUAACCAAGAUAAAGGUGUCUAAUUUUCAUUCCUUUUACAUGUGGACAGAGAUCAACAUCAAAUUCAUUAAGUCGAUUCUAAACCCUUAUUAAAUGCAGAAAGAUUUUGGAAUAAUUAAGUAUAAAUUAUUCUCUAGUUUUAGGUUAUUAUUCAUGAUCGUAAACUCUAUGUUUUACAAAACAUUGAGAUGGAUUAUAACCAAAUCGACGAAUACAACAGAGCAAUAUUAUGUUUUGAUGGAACUAAAUGGAAUGAAUUAUAAUAUCAAGUUUUGAAUUGA